UUGUACGAUAACAAGCCACCUAUCUCGAAGGCGAAGAUGAGUGCUAUCACCAGAGGUGCUAUCAAGGCCAUAAAGUUCUAUAAACAUGUAGUGCAUAGUGUUGAAAAAUUUAUCCAGAAAUGCAAGCCUGAGUACAAAGUUCCUGGGUUAUACGUGAUAGAUUCGAUAGUACGGCAGUCAAGGCAUCAAUUCGGACAAGAUAAGGAUGUGUUCGCACCGAGAUUUGCAAAGAACAUGCAGCAGACAUUCGCGAAUUUAUUUAAAUGUCCUCCUGAAGAUAAGCGUAACAUCAUCAGAGUACUAAAUCUGUGGCAGAAGAACAAUGUGUUCAGCUCUGAAGUAAUCCAGCCUCUGCUGGACAUGGCUGACCCUAAUCACCCUCUGCAUCAGGAGUUACAGCAAAACAAUGCUAAUGGGAGCAGUCUCAGUGUGAGCCACAAUGCAAGCGACAAGAUAUCCCCCGGGCCUGCUGCACAGCACACUCCACAUUCCUCCACACCUAUGGGUGAACAGUUCCAGGAUCAACCGUCAGGUGGCGGCGUAAAAUUCAACCGUAAGUUGUUGAAUGACUUUGAAUACGACAGCGAGGAUGACGCCGCCGCGGCCGAGCCUUUGCCGCAGCCGCCGCCUCAGCAUCAGCACCAACAUCAGCAGCAGUCCAAUAAUCCCGCCGAUGCUCUGGGCAGCAUUCUAACAAAUCCCGAGAUUAUGCGGCAGUUGCAAAGUCUUCAAGCGCAAAUGCAAAUGAUGACAGGAAUGCAAAUACCGAAUCUAAUGCCCAUGAUGGAUAUGCAGUUACAGCAAAACCAGAAUCAGAAUCUUCCAUUUUUGAGCUCGCAACAAGAUCAGCAAAAGCAAGGCGAUAACAAAGACGAUAUGGCCAACGAGUCUGACAUUGAGUUCGUCGAGACCGGCCCGCAGGUUAUUGAAAUACCUGACGCCAAUGACUCCAGGAGUCCAUCCCCGAAACGAAGGCAUCGUUCAAGGUCCAGGUCACCGAAGCGGCGUCGGAGGUCAAGGUCGAGGUCGCGCUCGCCUCGAAGGAGACGUGACAGGGAUAGAGAUCGUGACAGAGACAGAGAUAGAGAACGUGAAAAAGAAAAAGAUAAAAGCUAUAAAGAAAGAGAAGCAGAGAGGGAGAAACAGAAGGAGAGGGAAAAGAAGGGAUUGCCCCCUAUCAAGAAGGAUAAUCUAAGUGUGUGCAGUACCACAUUGUGGGUGGGCCACCUAUCCAAGCUGGCCACUCAGGAGGAGCUGUCGGACCUGUUCGGGUCCAUCGGCGGCGUGGUGUCCAUCGACGUGGUGGGUCCACGCGGCUGUGCCUUCGUCGUCAUGGAGAGGCGCAGGGACGCCUACAAGGCCCUGCACAAACUGAACAAGCACAAGUUGCACUCCAAGGAGAUAACUGUGGCGUGGGCACCCGGCAAAGGCGUGAAAGGCCGCGAAUGGAAGGACUUCUGGGAGGCGGACCUCGGCGUGUCGUACCUGCCCUGGGCCUCGCUGCACCAGCGCUGGCAGCUGGGGGCACUGUCUCUCGAUGCCUUGGAGGAAGGAGGGUCCGUCGACGAGGAGACGCUGCCGCCAUGGCUGCCACCCAGGAUACUACCGAAACUGGACAGCAUGCCGAUGAUGCCGCCGGGCAUGCCUGCCCCGGGUUUUCCCCCCAACCUCCCCCCAGGGGCUGUGCCGAAUCUACCCUUGCCCACCGGGGCUAUGCCUCCGGGUAAUAUGCCAGGAGCCAGCAUGCCGCCCGCGAGCCUCCCCAGCAGCAUGCCGGGGCUGGGCGGCGCGCUGCUGCCGACGGCGCCCCCCACCGGCCUGCCGCUGCCGGUACCGAGAAUGCCUCCACCUGGUAUGCCAGCGGGUAUGCCACCCGGUAUGGCACCAGGUAUGCCGCCGGGUAUAAGACCACCGAGCAUACCUACAGGUGUUCCAGGUCUUCAAGGCGACGCGGGUUUACCACCAGCACCAUUGUUGGGCUUCCCACCUGGCAUGCCGCCGCAGUCGCUCACUCAACCUGGCAUGGUGGGCGGGUUCCUGGGCGGGCUGCUGGGCGCGCACGGGCUGGUGGCGGGCGUGCCGCUGCCGCUGGCGCACGCGCACCCGCACGCGCACGCGCACGCGCUGGCGCACCACGCGCCCGCGCCGCCCAAGCGCGCGCCCGCGCCGCCGCCGCGCGCCGACGACGACGCCAUGGACCUGGACCCGGAGGACGCGCACGACGACGCCGACGCGUCCAAGCCCCCCGCGCCCCCCGCGCACCCCGCCCCGCCGCAGGACACCUCCGCGCCGCCGCCGCUGCUCUCCGACCAGCUGCAGGCGCUGCUGUCCAAACCGCCCCCCAGCUUCAACUCUUCCGAACCUCCGCCGGGUUUCAACAUAAACGAGCCGCCGCCUUUCAAUGCAAGUCAGCCCCCACCCAUUGGAGAAGAGAAGCAAGACGACGAGCGUAAGAACGACAGGGACAGAGAUAGACGCGACCGCGACAGGAGGGACAGAGAUAGAGAUAGGAGGGACAGAGGCGAUAGAGAUAGAAGAGAUCGUGAUCGUGGGAGGGAGAGAGAUCGGGACAGGGAGGACCGAAGAGACCGCGACAGAGACCGUGGUGGCCGCGAUAGAAGGGACCGAGAUCGAGAUCGCGACCGGGAGCGGUUUUCGUCUAGAGAUAAUAACAGAGAACGCAGUCGCGAGAAAUCACCCCGCAAUGCAGCUCCAGAACAAAACCCCGAGAAGUCCCUGCAAGAACGCCUAUGGGAAAUGGCGAAUGGCAAACCGGCAGACAGGCUGGGGCAGGACAAGCCACAGGAGUUCCAGGAGAACGAGCGCCCCGACCGCGAAGAUAUGGGCCGAAUGGACCGGCCGCCUCCUCUGUUGGAUCGUAUUCCGCCACUGCUGGAUCACGAAGCUGAGAAAGGUCCAGAGAGCGAGAGCGGCUGGACACAGCUGCCGCCGCCGCGCCUCCCUCCCCCGCACUUGGCCGCACCCUUCCGUGCCGAAUUGAGAAUGAGAGGGCCACCUAGGCAGCCAAUGAGAGGGCCUUGGAUGGACGGACCAGGACCUGGACCGGUGCCUUUCGGACCUCGCUUCAACGGAAUGGGGCCUCCUUUCAAUCGACCUCCCUUUGAACGACCACCGUUUGAAGGUGGUCCGCUUUUCGAUGGCCCUCCAAGAUUUGAGCGCCCACCAUUCAAUCGAAUGCCGUUUGAGAACAUGAACCGGCCGCCGUUUGACGGUCCCCGACCUCCAUUCGAUGGACCGAGACCUCCUUUCGAACCUCUGCAGCCUUUUGAUGGCCCUAGACAACCUUUCGAUGGUCCAAGACCGUUUGAAGGAGCACCAUUCGACGGAGAUCGCAAUUUUGAUGGCCCACGUUUCGACGGGCCACCCGAGUUCUUUGAUAGAAACAAUAGACGAUUUGAAGACCGUGAACAUUUUAAUGACCGCGGCGGUUGGAACGGCGAUAGGGAUAGGGACAGGGGAGAAUGGGAAAGAAGAAACGAAUGGGAUGACAGAAGAAGAGAUCGAAGGUCCAGAGACCACGAGGAUAGGUUCAGGGAUAGAAACGAUCGAAGAAGGAACUUCGAUGAGAGACGACGUGAUGAUAGGAAUCCUAAUUCUAGAGACGAUCGUAGCUUGAGUAGGGAUGAGAGAAAUACUCCCAAAGAUGACAAGGGUCCAGCUAAAGAUGACAAAAGCAAUACUUCUAAAGACGAUAAGACCAAUACCGCUAAAGACGAUAAGAGCAAUACCUCUAAAGAAGAAAGAAACCCUAGGCGAGAUAAGGACAGGAAGUCCAGGUGGGGUGCUGCUGAAGAAAGCACAAAUGAAGAAGCCGACAAAGCUCUGGAGCAAACCGAAGUUAGUCAAGUCACUAACAAUGAAAGUACGCAGCAAAAAAAUAGUGAAGUUGGCUCUAGUCAAGUUGAACAAAAUGUACAGAAUUGUGGCACAAACAACGCCCAGGAGAGGUCAGAAGCACAAAGUGAGAGUAGAAGGGAUAUUCAUCAGAAUGAAGAAGAAAAUGUCUGGGAAAUCAAUAAAGAACGCGAGCGCAAUUAUCGUGAAGAGAACAGCGCACCAAGUUACGAUGGGAAAGAUAAUAGAGAAACUAAAGACAGUGACGAGCAAAACACUGAACCUGAUAGCCGUGAAAGAGACUCUGCUGACUACAAAGCUCGACAUUGUGACUCGGGUGAUAACAAUAGCCAAGACAGAAAUGCUAAUGAUUAUAAUAAUCAAGAGAAAGAUGUAGCAAAUUUUGACGAUAACAAGGAAACAAAUUUCGUUUAUGACAGCCGGGAAACUACCAUCGCCGAUUGCGAUAAACAAGAAAACAAUGAAACUAGCUAUGAUAAAGAACAAAAUGAUCAUUACCAAAGCCAAAGCAAAGUAAGUUACCCCGAGGAACGACAACCGAUACAAACAAAUGAUACUGCACCAGCGUUAUAUGAUGUUGACGAUGCGGUCGACACUAGUUUUUCUACGCCCAUAGAAAAAGAAAUGCCUGCCCCUGUCAUUGAAAAUGAGCCUACAUGGCCAGGGAGCGAAAGCGCAAAGGCAGAUAUUUUCAUCCAGGAUGAAAAAGAACCAGAACCACAAAGUACAGAAGCGCAAACCAGCGUCGAAAGCAAAGAAGGAAUUGCUUGACACAGGCGAAGAUGGAAAGUUGGAUACUUCCAGUGGAAAUGAUUCGGGUGACGCGAGGAACCCCGACGAAGACGCGGUCACGGCGCGAUACAGUUCCAGCUAUGUUUCCGAACGCAGUGUUAUUUUUAUUGUAGACAAUUUUAAGAACCGGUGAUAUUUUUAAAUUUAAGAUUGUUGCUGAAAUGACUGCCAACACAUUUGAAAGUAAACCGUGAUGUUGUUUUUUAAGAAAUUUCGAACACAUAGCUUGAACUCGUUUAGCCGACAGCCGAAACCAUAUAACGCCAAAGAUUUUCUUUUUUUAUAUUCACAAAGUUGAAAUAUACGAGUGCCUUAUUGGUUACCGAAGUGGUGUUUUGUUUACCGCCGACUCGCGUCACCACGGGCAGAAGAGGAACUCGCCUGGGCGCUCAAGUCGAGUGACCCGGGCAAGGUACGGUUGCUAACAGAUAUCAUACAACGCGCGUCUAGAACAAUUGCUCAUUUUUUCUAUAAUUUCUUAGACCAACAUUUAUAAUUGUCUAAAGUUCUGUUAAAUAAUCACGUUAAUUUUAACGCCAUAGAUCGCGUGUUGCAAAAUUUUGAAUCUAAUUAGGUUCCGAUUUUUAUAAUUCAUUAACGUACCAAUUGUACUCGGCGGGCGCUUUUUAUCAUUGUUUGGUCAUGUCGAAAUGGAUUAUCCUUGAAGUAGUUCAAUAUUAAUAACGUGAGUAAUUUAAUUUCAAUUUCAAAAUAUAAAGAUGAUUCCAUUUCGACAUCAUUCUAAUAUCGCUAGCAAUGUGUGCAAAAUACCUCGGCGACGCCCGUGUCACCCGAAUCAGCCUGGAACGUUCUGGAAGGAUCGAGAGUAAUCGGCAUGAAGAGAAGAUGUUCUACUCAUAUCUAUGUAAUUCUACGGAAUUUUUCUUAGCGAAUUAUGCCAUUUUCACUACACCCUUGUUAACGAUUUUAGUUAUCUUUAAUGAUAGUUAGGUUAGUUGUUAGUUACUUAUAUUUGUUUAUGCGUUUCGACUGCAUUAAAACUAUGUUAGGUCGAUAUUUUAGCUUUCCAAAUGGCUAUCAAUAUUUCUGAUAUUAACCACACUUGUACAAAAUUUUAAUGAUAUUGAGAGUUAAAAUUAGUUUAGUGAAAAUAUUUUGUCACUUUCUAGUAUAACUAUUCGCUUUGUACUUUUCUCUUUAAAAUAAAUUGGUGAAGGUAGAAAUUGGAUUUGAAA